UGGAGGCUAGAGCUAAGUGGAGAUCGCUCGCUAGGGUUUUACCUUCUCUAGCAUUUCUGAACAGCAUAAGCUUCUCUUCUUUCUCGUUUCACUGAAGGAAGGGAGCGGCGAUGGCCUCCAUUCAGCUAGCUGGGUGUGGAUUGGCUGGAAAGAAGAGCCUCCCAUGCUUUGAUGGCCUCCGCUGCUUGCGACCUGCUUUCGGUGUUUCUUCGUCGCUUGGAGCUAGCGGAGCUAUCCUUGACCGUAGGUGCUUCAAGGGACUUGUUAUAAAGGCCGCCACUGUGGUUGUUCCGAAGUACACCUCAAUUAAGCCAUUAGGAGAAAGGGUUUUGGUUAAGAUUAAGAUUUCCGAGGAAAAGAGCACAGGAGGCAUAUUACUGCCUACUGCAGCACAGACAAAGCCACAGGGAGGUGAGGUUGUUGCUGUUGGUGAGGGAAAAACCAUUGGGAAGAAGAAAGUAGACAUUAGUGUCAAGACCGGCGCAAAGGUUGUUUAUUCAAAAUAUGCUGGAACUGAGUUGGAAUUCGGUGGAUCCAAUCAUAUAAUUUUGAAAGAAGAUGACAUUGUGGGCGUUCUCGAAACUGAUGAUGCCAAGGAUAUACAGCCCUUAAAUGAUAGAGUUCUUAUCAAGGUUUCCCUUGCUGAGGAGAAAACUUCCGGUGGCUUGCUGCUGACUGAGGCAGCCAAAGAGAAACCUUCAACUGGGACAGUUAUCGCAGUUGGUCCUGGUCCCUACGAUGAAGAGGGUAACAGAAAGCCACUAACCAUCAACGCUGGAAGCACAGUCCUGUAUUCAAAAUAUGCUGGAAGUGAAUUCAGGGGGGGUGAUGGUUCAGAUUACAUUGUCUUGAGAGCAUCUGAUGUGAUCGCUAUUCUCUCCUGAGUUUCAGAGUUGCCUGUUGUGUAAUGCAUUGGCUUUUUUAGGUGAGCUAUUACUAAGGUCUUUUUUUUUCUCAGGCAUAGUUUCUGCUGUUUUGGAUUUGAUUCCAAGUUGCUCAAGUCUUCUUCUUCUGUUCUUCUUUUAUUUCCGAACUUUUACAUGGAACUGUGGUUGGAAUUUACUUAAUUAAGCAUAUAGAUACUUACAUUU